AUGGGGAAAAUAAAUAAGAAAUUACCGAAACCUCAACUGGAUUUUAAACCUCCAGAUGAUGGCAACAAGAUAAAAGGUCCUUUUCCAAUAUACCGUACGAAACCGAUUCAAUUGCACUGUCCAGAAUCGAAAAAGGGUAAAAUUCAGGAUAGUAAACCGGCACCGAAGGUUACCACCAAACGAGCAGACACUCCAAAGAUCGCAGAGGAGGUGCUAACGAAAUCUAUGUCUAUUUCCCAAGCACAGGGAGAUGGACAGAAGAUGAAAAAGUUGCGCAAGUUGGCUAUCUCUCGAGUAUCUAAGAAAGAAAAGAAACAGUUUAGAAAAGAAGAAAUGCUAAAAAAGGUGGAACUCACCCAAAGAGCAUUCAAAGAGGAUAGGCUUCGUAAAAAACGAGAGAAAAUGGCCAUAACCGGUGAUCUACGCCCUUUGUUGGAUGCACUUCCUUCAUUAGAUUCUCUCUACGAUGUAAAAUCAUCAAUAGUGCUUAAAACGGGAGUACCCAAAUUCGACAAAAAAGUCGAACCGAAAACAAAAAAGGAACGUAGAGCGCAACGUUUGAAAGUGCAAAAACGACAGUUCUUGAAGCGGUGUAGCACAAUCAAACGAGUACUUAAAGAUACAACGUUCAAGAAAGAUCCCCAAAAAAUGGUUGCCGAUCACAUACGAAAUACAAGAAAGGAACAACUGGAAUUGUUGAUGCAAAAUGCUUCCUAG